AUGAUUUAAUAAGAAAAGGUCUAUAAAAAUACAAUUCAAUUUAUAGAAGUCAUGGAAAUAUAUAAGACAACAAAUGCCUACAUAUAAUAUAUCUAAAGGAAAUCUGAGUAUGAUUAGUGCAUUGAAAACAGAGAAAACUAAAAAUUUAAUAAGACAAUGUAUAUAAUAUUAUUAAUCCAGAAACUACUGAAAGUGACUGGUUUUAAUUAAAAAUUACAAUAAUAAAUAGGAGUUGAAAAUUAGAUUUGGGAUUAUUUAAAAUCUAGUCUUGGAAGAUAACGAUGAAUCAUAAUUAAAAACAUUUUUCAUUCUUUCAUAAUUCCAAGUAUGGUUUAAUUUAUUGAAUUAAAUUAAUUAAUUUUUAGAAUUAGAAUAGAAUAUUUAGCAGAAUUGUGAUGGUAUAUUGAAAAUAAUUAAAUUUCUCCUUUUGAAGACAAUUACUAUAGAGCUCAUAAUAGUAUAAUUUCAUAGAGUCAACAAUUAAAAGGCUAAAUUCUAUUUCUAUUAUCCUAAUAAUAUUAAAUAUUUCAAUUAUUGA